GCCGAAUUUCACGUUUUUAGCUACCCUGCCGAAAAUAGGUACACUGCCGAAAACUGGUACAGUUACCCUACAUAGUUUUUCACCCUCACUACGACACAUCAACCAAAACAGCCAUUGGAAAUCACACGCAAACAUCAACAAAUGAUCGAAUUACCUGCUGUCAUUCCGUUUUCAUUUUUCUGCAGCACGGUUGUCAAAUUGUUCGGGAUAAGCCCACCUGUAUAAUAAACCCACUUUGAUCUUUACGGUCCUUGGCUGUCAUUUUAUACGUGCAAAAAUUGUUGAAGCUCUUAGUCUGAACUAUCAAGAGGUUUCUCUACGAUUAUAAAUAACAAGAAAACGUAAAGAAUGGCGAGUACAGUUUCAAUUAAAGCCAAUGCUGAACAUUCAACAAUUCUUGGAAAGAGAUUAGGAUACUGUGAAGCUUGCUCUGCGAAUGCAGCCAAAUACACUUGUCCUCGUUGUGAUGUAAAAACAUGUAGCAUGGAGUGUCUGAAUAUUCACAAAGCCGAACUGAAAUGUAAUGGCAUUCGAGACCGUACAAAAUACAUUCCGCUAGUGAAAAUGACCAAAAUGGAUCUCAUGAACGAUUAUUACUUUCUGGAAGAUUGUACGAAAUUCGUUCAGAACCGCAAACGCGAUCAAAGAAAACGUUUCACUUGUCUCCAAAAAAAUCUUCCAAUUCACAUGAUGCGUCUUCAACAAGCUGCUUUAGAUCGCGGGAUUGCACUUAAGUUUAUGUUGCAAAAUUUCAGCAAACGGCAAAAAAAUACAUCCUAUUUGGAUUUUAAAAGUGAAAAAAUAUUUUGGCGUAUUGAAUGGUGUUUCCCCCAGACCAAUGAAAACUAUGUGUAUAUCGACAAACAUAUAUGCGAAGACUCAAAACUUUGUGACAUAGUAGACACAUAUUUACAACCCUCAUCGAAACACAUCAUCCCCGGUGUCAACAAACUGGCAAAUUAUCAAGCACGAGGCGUAGCAGGAGUCUCAUUACUUCUUAAAGCGGAAGGAGUUCAACAGAGUUACGAUCGAGUAACACUGCUGAACAUUCACGAUACGCUUCGCGAAUCUUUACAAGGUAAAACUAUUGUGGAAUAUCCGACAAUUUAUGUGGUGUUGAAUGAUCAGCUCGACCAGUUCCACAUCAUCGAUAGUGAUGAUGAUCUGAAACACGAAAUAUGCCAUAUCAACCAUAUUCUACAUAGAUGUAGUGGAGUGCAACCUUAUAAUGGUGGUUGUUUAAUUAAUGCGAAGAAUGAACGCAAGAACCGUAGCAAGAGGAUAAAUUUUUUCAGCUUUGAAAUGUUGCCGAAUGACUCUUCAGAUUCAGACGAUGCAACAUUGAAUGAGCAUUUCAAAGCGACUUAAAUCGUAACCAAUUGAUUUGAAAAAAAAAAAAAACUGCAGUUUAAUUUCAUUUAAUUCAUUAGGAUGAGAAUUGAUUGUUUGGUGAUAGAAUUAAUCCUUAAACAUCUUAGUUUGUUUCCAAUUAUGACAUCCUAAGUGUGAACUGUGUGUUCCAUCUAUUUUACACAAUAGUCGUUAUGAGUAUAGGUUUGUAAUAAAUAAUAUAAUCUGAAACUGAA